AUGGCCUCAGCACGGUUAGCCAGGUGGCACAUGAUCCUCUCAGCCUACGACUAUGACAUCAUACACAAGGAAGGCAAACAGCACCAGAAUGCAGAUGCCCUUUCACGCCUACCCUUGGCAGAUGAUCAAACAGUAUGGUCGCACCAGAGUCUUGCAGAGCUGGAUGAGGAGCCUCCAGUUCAAAUCAACAUGCUGGAUAUUGACACAAGGCCAGUAGAAGCCGAUGAAGUCAGAAGAAUCACCAAAAGGGAUCCUGUUCUUGCAAGAGUGACAGCCUAUGUGAUGAAUGGAUGGCCAAACCCCAAGAACGUUCCACCAGAGCUCAAAGUCUUUGCGCAGAAGAAGGACGAACUCUCGAUUGAGGACGACAUCAUAUUAUGGGGACAUAGAGUGGUCAUUCCAGACAACAAGCAGAUGAGACAAAGGAUCCUUGAUGAACUCCAUGGGACUCAUCCAGGCAUAGUCAAGAUGAAAGCACUAGCACGAUCCUUUGUAUGGUGGCCAGGCAUUGACAAAAGUUUGGAAGAGAAGGUGAAGACCUGUACAACUUGUCAGGAGCACCAGCGAAGCCCACCACCUGCCCCUAUCCACCCAUGGGAGUUCCCAGAACGACCCUGGAGUAGGAUCCACAUCGAUUACGCCUACAUCGAUAACCAGAACGUGCUGAUUGUUGUUGACGCCUACACCAAGUGGAUUGAAGCUAUUAGAGUAGCACACGCCACUGCAGCAGCUACAGUCACUGCCAUGCGACGCCUAUUUGCAACGUAUGGUAUUCCAGAAACAGUCGUAAGUGACAACGGCACCCAGUUUGUCUCUGAAGACUUUUCGAACUUCCUGUUCAACAACAAUGUAGAACAUGUUCAGACAGCCCCGAAACACCCUUCCAGCAAUGGCCUUGCGGAAAGGGCUGUGCAAACCUUGAAAAGUGGAGUGAAGAAAACCAGUGGAACAUCAUUGGAGAUGCGCAUCCAAGUAUUCCUGAUGACCUAUCGGAUAACUCCGCAAGGAACUACCAUGAAAACACCAAGUGAACUAAUGUUCAAAAGAAGAAUCAGAAGUAGAAUGGAUCAGGUUCGUCCAAACCUGCACAAGUCGGUUCAGAAGCAGCAAUCUGCAAUGAAACAGGCGGCAGACAAGCGCUCAAAGAUGAGACAGUUCAAGAUGAAUGAUACUGUCCUGGUGAAGAACUUUGCAGCUGGACCAACUUGGCUCAGAGGAAUAGUAAUCGAAACACUCAAUGAAGUCAUGUACGUGAUAGAGUUACAGGAUGGUAGAGAGGUACGCCGCCAUGUGGAUCACAUUAGACUUUACACUCUAUCGCAUGAAAAUGAUCAUGACAAGGAAGAAAUGCCUGAUCAGUACACCAAUCUGCAACCAGAGAUUCUGAUUCGACAGUCACAGUAUCCAAACCAGACGACAGAGAAUCCCAAUAUGGCACCUAGUACUAGCGAAUCCUUAAUUUCAAACACUGAACAGAGUAACGCUGAUGCUACAGCCAUGCCACAGCAGGUCCAAACAGAGUCUCUAAGUGAUUCUGAUGGAGCUGUCAUGCCAAAUUUUCAGGACAUGUCAGAAAGACGAAUGUCCACCCGGAAAUCAAAGACACCCUCAAAGUUGAGAGAUUUCAUUGUAUAUCAUUAA